AUGGACAAAAAUAUACCACAAUCCGGCUUACAAGCCCAGUCUACGGCUGAGCCCCCAUACUACCACCGCCCGAUGAAAACAGCCCUUACAAUGCUCUUCUUCCUCCUCAUGGCUCUUUUCAGCUACAAAUCUUUCGCAAGGUCUUCGUCUAUUCUCCCCUUCUCAGCCCCAUCGCAGGAAUCCAUAUCCGAGACCUCCGAGCCUACUAAUGAGGAUUACGUCUUGCCGUAUGAGCGCCGGCCUUGCCCCCUCCCAACAACCCGAUAUAGCAUCCACACGGGCCAAGCAGCAUGCUACCCCUCAUCAGGAGGAAUCUGGCUUUCAGACUUAGGCCCCCUGGAACUACAAUAUUUGGGUAUCGAUAGAUUUUCCUCGACUGAGCGCCCUGAUUGGUCAAAGGAACAAGAAGACGAUUUCUGCCACAAGCUCCGGCGAUUUGGUGGCGAAUGGCAUAAUCCUGAUCCCGAAGGGCGAGAUCUGUAUAUCGGUGGGGAAUGUCAUGAGCUCUACGAGAACGCACCGAUUGCUUCGACCACUCGCAAAGUGGGAAUCCCGUCUGAUGAGAACGACAAGGGGGCUUGGGUUCUUAAUGUCGAUGAGGAGACUGGGAGGUUUCCCAAUGAGAUUGUUAUUGUUAAGAACGCACUGACAAUGGACGAGCGAGUUCAGGCGUUGAUAAGAUUGGGGGCUGUUUACUGUGUAGACGUUGGUGAUUGUAGUUUACUUGGCGAUCUGAAGCUGAAGCCAUGCGAGUUGCCUAGGGACAAAGGAUGGGAGGAAGUGCUGGAGCUGGAUUGUCUUUGA